AUGUCAUUACAAGCACUAGUCUAACCCUCUAUAGAUAGCAUUUAAACUGACAACACUCAAAGCUAAACCCACUCUUAGCACAAUCAAAGCAUCAAUGUUUAAGAUUAGUCCAACGUUUCCUAUAAUCCCUACUAAAAUAACUUUGAAGAUCAUGAUAAGAUGCGUGAUAGUAUACUAACUAACAAUAACAAAUAGAAUGUUGGAGGGGAAAUUGGAGGCGUUGACAUUCAGAAGAAAAUGCAGAAGCGUAGAAAAUUAAGAAAAAAGACUAGAAAUGGACCAAGAAAUGAUAGUUAAAAUAAAAAUCCUCUGCUUUCAGUGGAUUAUGCAAUUAAGCACGAUUCAUCAAACGAUAAACUGAAUAUUUCUGUUGACUCAAAAAUGAAGAAAAAUUUGAUCCCAUUCAAAAUUUACAUGGGAGAAAUAAAUCAGUAUCAAGAUAUUCAAAAAGUUCAAAAGGGAAGCACUUAAGUAAACCUAUCAAACCGUUUCAGUCGAUCAAAACUUCCACCUCUAUAAGAUCACAAGAAAAGAAAUAGAUCUCCUCUUUCUAUUAUAAACACUGUCAUACCUAUGGAAAAAUCAGUUAUAAUUUAAACAAAGCCAAAGAGUACAAAAGGAAAAGGAAAUCUAAAUAGAUCUCUUGAUGCAGUUGAGCCAGAACCUGAGGACUUGAAUACAACAAGCAACUUAAUUAAUAGCAGUAAUUAAGAUCACUUAAAUUCUCACUCUUUUCUAUACCCAGAGAAUUACAAAUCUCUCAGUACAAUUUAAAUAUAGUAACCAGUAUCCCUUGGCUAAGCUAAAAGACUUAAUCACGAGAAAGAUUAUCAGUUACAAUAGGUUCAUAAUCGUAUAAGAGUGCUUCAAAUGGAGGAAGAGCGGACUCUGAAGAAAAUAGAUGAAACUCGUAAAAAAGCCAAGUUCUGGCUAGAUAUCCAAAAGAAAGCUCAUAUAUCUCACAUUACUAAUUCCAUGAUUAAAAAUUAGUCAAAAAGUGAAAUCUAAAGUCUAAUAAUGGAGAGAAAAGAGUCUGUGAAGCGCAUUGAUCCUCAAGAAUAGAUUAAUAAGAUGGUUUUAAAGAAGUAAGAAUAGGUGAAAGCCAUUAGAGAUCAGAGUAAACAAUUUAGCAAAGAAAUUGAACAGUAAGCAGCUAUGGAGAUAUAUCAGAAUAUGAAAAGGUCAAGGAAGAUAAGGCAUGAAGUGGAAUAGGCAUAAGUUUUUGUUGAUAAGGCGAAAAGAGACAAGAUUAAUAAUGCAUUGAACAAGAAAGAACAAGAGUUUCGAAAUGAAAGGAAAGAAAUUAAGUAAAAGGAAAAAGCGCUUAAAAAACUUAGCAUGCUAGAAGGUAUUCUCUUGAACAAAUUACAAGAAACUAGUAAAUUCCAAAGAGAAACUAUUGAAGAGCUGAGUCAAAGCAAAUAUCUAAAUAUUUCAAGUCAGCAUAUUUCCUUAAAAUAAACAUCAAGAGCUUCAUAAUUGAACUAUAAGAGAAAUAAUAAUACAUUCAAUAAUGUAAGUUAAGAUAACAUAGCAGUUGGAUCUAAAGAGCUGAGGACGAGAAGAAACUCAUUAGAGAGAUACAAGUCCUUAGAAACUGAAAAUACCAAUACUAAUGAAUCAAUGGAGGGACAAAGCGAAUUGAAUGAUGUCAAAGUUAAACAGAAUAUUUGA